UUUAUGAUAAGCACCUGGCAAUUAAGAAGGCUAAUUGGGUAAUAAGAACAUAGGGAAGACAGUUAAUUUGAGUUUGAGCAGGGGAUUGGAGAUAGGAUUUUGGUAAAGAAAGACAUCGUUGGUUGUUGGGGCAGAUGGCAAUGGCUUCUCCACUUUCCACUUCAAGCGUGUUGUGCUGGAAAUUGAAGGGCACAGGUAGUGGCGCAGUCGCAGUGUGUGCAAAGUCGAAUUUGGUCGAUUUGUCACGAUGGUGUGGUUUGAAGCAUGUGGGCAUGUCAGCUACGCCGAAGCCCCUUGUUAUGAGAGGUAAAAAGGGGUUGUGGAAAGGCAAGGUGGUGUACGCGUCUCUGUUUGGAGUUGGAGCUCCUGAAGCGCUGGUUAUUGGGGUGGUUGCUCUAUUGGUUUUCGGUCCAAAAGGCCUUGCGGAGGUUGCUCGAAAUCUGGGCAAAACGCUGCGUGCAUUCCAACCCACAAUUAGAGAACUUCAGGAUGUUUCCAGGGAGUUUAAGACCACACUGGAACGGGAGAUCGGUCUUGACGACAUUUCAACUCCACCAACAAAGACCACCUACAAUUCUACUCUUGACCCUAAUGGCACAAGAGAUCCAAGCAAAGCCUACAGCUCUGAGGAGUCUAAAGAAGCCAUCCUGCCUCCUCCUGCAACUGCUACGGAGCCACAGCCUCAGAAGCCAGAAACUGACAACUCGCCUCUCGAUUCUUCAAGUCAAUAGUCAUGGGAACAAAUGUCAAGGUCGAGCAAUUUUGUUACCUCGUUAGAAUUGUGUAAAACCAAAAGGAAACCAUUCAUGUUCAUGUUCUCUUGUUUUAUCGGAAUCUGUUCUAGUUAAUGACUUUACUUGCCAAUA